AUGCCGCCCAGGCAAUGGAAAUCUUUAAUAUCAUCCCUGCUGGCUUCGGAAUCAUAUUCAAAAUCACUUAUCAAACGCAUCGAUAUCCCUAUUAACAGUGCAACCACCGAAGAGCAGCUCGCCACUGCGAAUCUAGACCCGUUCUCGCAAGCCUCCAAGUAUGCACUGGGCUGGGUCUACUUCUGCAUUGCACUCUUUGUCUUGACAUUCUUUCUCCGUUUAUACCAGAUAUGGGGAGAUAAGAUUAGAGCCGCACUCCGAAAAGAAGAGUUGAUUAGCCCUGGACAAACGCUCUCACCCCUAUCUGACUACGAACUUGUUACACCCAGUCCAGCGAACUCCCACCGAGCAUUUUUCCCUGCUACUGGCCCGCUUGUCCAACCCCCUAAGCGAGACUCGGCCCUUUCAUCUAUAGGCUGGGUAAACAACUCGAUAGCCUUUGCAAGAUGGAUAUUCUACCGCCCUCUGCCGGUAAUCAAGCUUGGGAAGCUUGAGAUUGUUCCCCCAUCCCUCGCUGCUGCUGUCCUUGUCCUGCUUGCCUUCACCUUUGUGACACUAUACUGUUUCCUACCUCAACCUCUGUAUUAUCCUCACAUCACCGAUGGAUCGCCUCCUCUCGCAAUUAGGGCCGGCAUGCUUUCUGUUGCGACGCUUCCAUGGAUUAUUGCGCUGAGCACAAAGCCAAACAUUAUCAGCAUGUUUACCGGUAUUGGCCACGAGCGUUUAAAUGUCCUCCACCGUUGGACCGGCUAUCUCUGCCUUUUCUUAGCCCUAGUCCACAUGGCCCCAUUCUAUGUCACUCCGGUCUGGGAGGAUGGAGCACUUCCACUAUUCUCCUUGUUUAUUGGGGGUGACUACUACAUAUAUGGAUCGGGAGUGGCUGCUUUAGUGCCACUUGCCGUCCUUUGCAUCCACUCUCUCCCAGUCUUGCGCAACCGCAUGUACGAACUCUUUGUCACUUUACACAUACCGAUUUCGAUGAUCUUCAUUGCUAUGAUGUUCUGGCACUGCAACAACUUCCUCACCUCCUGGCAUUAUUUAAUCUCUACCCUUGCGCUCUGGGGGGUGCCAUACCUUGCUAGAGUUUUCUAUUUAAAUUGGAUGAACCCAUUCCGGCUUUCGUUCCUCAUUGGAGAGGAAUCCGCAGUUACAAUUCUACCAGAGAACGCUGUCAAGGUCACCAUACCUACCCAGAUGAAAUGGAGGCCUGGCCAAUAUGUGUACCUCCGUAUGCCAGGAAUAUCCAUGCUUCAAAACCACCCUUUCACCAUUGCCUCUCUAUGCAGUGACGACUUUCCAUCCAGUUAUGGAUCAAAAUACCGCGACAUGACCCUUGUAUUUCGACCAUUCGGUGGAUUUACUAAAAGGGUUCUUGAGACGGCAUUAGAAAAAGGCCCCUAUAAAACGUACAGAGCUUUUAUCGAUGGGCCCUACGGUGGAGUUCGCAGGGAGCUCUCCUCGUUCGAUGAUGUGAUUUUCUUUGCAGGUGGCAGCGGAAUAACUGCAAUUGCAAGCCAGCUGCUUGACCUAAUCAAGAGAAUGCGUGAUGGAAAGGCCAGAACCAGAACCGUGAAAGUUGUAUGGGCACUCAAGCGACCAGAUACAAUGGACUGGUUCAAGGAGGAACUACGCAUUUGCCGUGAAUGCGCACCACCCAACUCCAUGUUUUGCAAUUUCUACCUCACUGGUGCAAAACGAUAUGACAAAAACACCGAAGUUGUUUCUCACUCAAGGCCACAUAGUGGUGUGUUCCACGACAAGCUCAAUGACGUCUUCCAGGGAGUUGCUAGCAAGAGGAACUCGGCGUAUAUUCGAGAAGAAGCUGGUGGUGACGAGGACAAAGAGAGGGAGCUCCGAAGGGAGAAUGAGGACAGCGUCUCUGCACUACCAAAUGCGCACAUACCCACUCGUCCACGCAUACAGACUGGACACAUCAACCCAUAUUUCCCCGAAACGCCCAACUCUGUGAUGUCUUCCCCAGAAGAGAACGACGGCCUCAACUUUGGCUUUCCUAGCACUCCGACUAUGCUACAAAAGAACCUAAUGCGCUUUGCCUUUUUCCCUCGGCAGAAAAAGGAUGGCUGGAGAACAGAAUAUGGCCGUCCGGAUAUACCGUUUAUGUUGAAGCAAUUUUCCAAGGACUUCGGUCGACGGACUUGUGUUUUCGUGUGCGGGCCACCGAGCAUGAGGGUUGACGUCGCAAAUACAGUCGCCAGGCUACAAACUACCGUCAUGAGCGAUCCAAAUAAAGAUGAGUUGUUCUUGCAUACUGAAAACUAUGCAAUUUAA